GCCGUGCCCGCCGACCCGAAAGCUACCGAUGCUAGGCUAACUGUCGUUAGCUACCGGGAGCGGACAUGUUGUACCGACCCUUCCUUUAAUAAACAUCACUGUAAGCAGGGAAACGGGAGUUAAGGAGAAGGCUGCGAGAGUCGGGCAAUCAUGGAUGCCGUCAACGCCUUUAACCAUGAGUUAUUCUCAUUGAUUGACACCAAGCCCCCAAUCUCUCGGGCUAAGAUGAUCUCCAUCACAAAAUCGGCCAUCAAAGCUAUGAAGCUCUACAAACAUGUGGUCCAAAUUGUGGAAAAGUUCAUCAAAAAGUGUAAGAGUGAGUACAAGAUAGCGGGGCUUUAUGUGGUGGAUUCCAUUGUUAGACAGUCCAGACACCAGUUUGGAUCAGACAAGGACGUGUUUGGCCCAAGGUUCACCAAAAACAUAACGGGAACCUUUGAGAACCUCUGCCUAUGCCCAGAAGGGGACAGGAGUAAAAUCAUACGGGUGUUGAACCUGUGGCAGAAAAAUGGAGUGUUCAAGAUUGAGAUUAUUCAGCCUCUCCUGGACAUGGCAGCUGGCUCUUGCAGUGCUGCUGCACUCUUAGCAGGCUCCGAUGACCCAGGUUUUUCCCCAUCUCCAGCCAAAGAGCCCGUUACUGCGGUAACGGCAAACUCCACCAUGACAUCCACUUCUCAGCUGCAAAACUCUGACGCCUUUGCUGCCGUGGCUCAGCUCUUCCAGUCCACACAGGGUCAGCAGGUGAGUCUUCAACAGAUGCUCCAGACUUUCCAGCAGCAGCCAGUGAAGCCUGAAACAAACACGUCUCUCCAUACCACUCAAACGCAGGCCCAACACAUCACCACUGGCCCGGGCAUGGCCCCCCUGCAACCCCCGCAGCCCACCCAAACCGCCCAGCAGAAGGCAGCCUUUGACAAGAAAUUGCUGGAUCGCUUUGACUAUGAUGAUGAACCAGACUUUGGAGAAGAGGCGAAGAAGGAUGAAAUGUCAACUCAGCCCUCUUUCAUGCAGAACCCUCCAGGCUUCCCACAGCACAUGGAGCACUUUAAACCUCCGAUGCUCAACAUGUUGCAAGACGUCUCACAACAGGUUCCUCUCCCUCCGAAUGGCCAGCUCCAGGCCUACGGUUUACCGCCAGCGCAAAGCUUCCCAGGUAUGGUGCCUCAUAUGGGGCAUGCUUUCCCAGGGCAAUCCCCCCCUGGUUCUGCUGGGCCUCCAGGCUUCCCCGGGGGAUACCCUCCCCACAAUGCUGCCCAUCAACAGGAAGUGUCAAUGGAUUUGGACCGUUCAUCUUCAAGGGAUGGCAGACAUGGUCGACGGUCACACUCAGGCUCCAGGUCUCCAAAGCGGAGGAGGUCACGGUCUAAUUCCCGUACACGGAGAUCCAGGCACAGACGAUCGCGCUCCAGAGACCGGCGUCACCACUCCCCCCGCGCUCGCUCGCAGGACCACAAGGAGAGAGAGAAGGAGAGAGAGCGACGGCAGAAAGGCCUCCCGCCACCCAAGGGCGAGACACUGAGCAUUUGCAGUACGACUCUGUGGGUGGGCCAGUUGGACAAGAGAACACACCAGCAAGAUGUCGCCUGUUUACUGGAGGAGUUUGGGCAGAUAGACUCCAUCAAUAUGAUCCCUCCACGCGGCUGCGCCUAUAUAGUUAUGAUACAUCGACAAGAUGCCUUCAAGGCUCUGCAGAAGCUGAGCAGAGGAUCUCAUAAAGUGAACCAGAAAACCAUCAAGAUUGCUUGGGCUUUAAACAAGGGCAUAAAGGCAGAUUUCAAACAGUACUGGGACGUGGAGUUGGGUGUCACCUACAUACCGUGGUCUAAGAUCAGAGAGGCUCAGUUGGAGGAGCUAAAAGAAGGAGGAGUUCUGGAUUCGGACACCUUAUCACCAGAGUGGAGUGAAGCGAGGAAAACUAUUGGCACCCAGGAGGAAGUCACACACAACGGCCGUUCAGAGCCACAGCCGCCUCAGGAAACACAAGUUCUACCUGUGGCUGCUGCGCCUCAUGCUCAGGUAAACAACAACAACAACAACAACAACAACUGCAAUAUGCACCUAGCUUAAAUGUAUGAAGGCAACUUUUCAAAUUGUA